UAUAAAUCAACAGAAAGUUUGCCAAUACCGUUGGUUACAGUAUCGCCAGUUACUUCAUCAGAAUUUUCUACAGCAUCACCAUAUACUUCAUCAGAACUAUCAACGGAUUACUCAUCAACACCACACUCUCCAGGAGCUGUAACAUUACCAGUUACAAUGUCACCAUUUACUUCACCAGAAACAUCUACAUAUCCAGCAUCCAUAUCAGAAUCUUCAAACAUGUUAUUAACCUCUGAAUCUUCAGAAAGUCUGUCAACACCAUCAGUUACAGUAUCACCAGUUACUUCAUCAGAAAUUUCUACACUUUACUCAACUUCUGAACCUCCAGAAAUGUCCACACAUACUAAUACAGAAUCACCAUAUACUUCACCGAAAUUAUCAACAGAUUACUCAUCAUUGCCUCACUCUCCAGGAGCUGUAACAUUACCAGUUACAAUGUCCCAAUUUAACUUCCCAGAAACAUCUACAUAUCCAUCAUCCCUAUCAGACUCUGCAAACAUGUUAGCAACCUCUGAAUCUCCAGAAAGUCUGUCAACACGAUCAGUUACAGUAUCACCCAUUACUUUAGCAGAAUCAACUACAGAUCACUCAACAUCUAAAUAUCAUGUAACUUCCUUACAAACCAAUGCAACUCCACAAUAUACUUCAUCAGAAUUAUCUACAGAUCACUCAACAUCUGAAUCUUCAAACACUUUCUCACAAAUAACUGCAAAAUCACCAUAUACUUUUAAAGAAUCAUCAACAGAUUACUCAUCAAUUACAGAAUCUCCAGAAAGUUUGUCAACAACACUGGUCGCAGCAUCACCAUUCACUUCACCAGAAUCGUCUACAGAUCACCCAUUAGCCUCUGAUUCGACAGUAAAUUCAGCAACAAAAACAGUUACAGCGUACCCAUAUACUUUAUUAACUUCAUUAGCAGAUCACUCAACAUCUGGAUUUACAGAAGUUUUAUCUACCUCUGAAUCAACAGAAAGUUUGUCAACACCACUGGGUACAGUAUCAACAGUUACUUCAUCAGAAUUUUCCACAGCAUCAUUAUAUACUUUACCAGAAUUAUCAACAGAUUACUCAUCAACACCUAAAUCUCAUGAAACUUCCUUACAAAACAAUGCAACAACACAAUAUACUUCAUCAGAAUCAUCUACAGAUCACUCAACAUCUGAAUCUUUAAAAACUUUCUCACAAACAAAUGCAAAAUCACCAUAUACUUUUACAAAAUCAUCAACAGAUUACUCAUCAAUUACAGAAUCUCCAGAAAGUUUGUCAACAACACUGGUUGCAGCAUCACCCUUUACUUCACCAGAAUCAUCUACAGAUCACCCAUUAGCCUCUGAUUCAACAGUAAAUUCAGCAACAAAAACAGUUACAGCGUACCCAUAUACUUUUUUACCUUCAUUAGCAGAUCACUCAACAUCUGGAUUUACAGAAGUUUUAUCUACCUCUGAAUUAACAGAAAGUUUGUCAACACCACUGGGUACGGUAUCACCAGUUAUGUCAUCAGAAUGUUCUACAGCAUCACCAUAUACUUCAUCAGAAUUUUUAACAGAUUACUCAUCAACACUUCACUCUUCAGGAGCUGUAACAUUACCAGUUACAGUGUCACCAUUUACCUCACCAGAAACAUCUAAUUAUCCAGCAUUCAGAUCAGAAUCUGCAAACAUGUUAUUAACCUCUGAAUCUCCAGAAGGUCUGUCAAUACCAUCUGGUACAGUAUCACCCAUUUUUUCACCAGAAUCAACUACAGAUCACUUAACAUCUAAAUCUUAUGAAACUUUAUCACAAAACAAUGCAACAACACAAUAUACUUCAUCAGAAUCAUCUACAGAUCACUCAAUAUCUGAAUCUUUAAAAACUUUCUUACAAACAAAUGCAAAAUCAGCAUAUACUUCUACAGAAUCAUCAACAGAUUACUCAUCAAUUACAGAAUCUCAAGAAAGUUUGUCCACACCACUGGUUACAGUAUCACCAGUUAUGUCAUCAGAAUUUUCUACAGCAUCACCAUAUACUUCACCAGAAUUAUCAACAGAUUACUCAUCAACACCUCACUCUUCAGGAGCUGUAACAUUACCAGUUACAAUAUCACCGUUUACCUCACCAGAAACAUCUACUUAUAUAGCAUCCAGAUCAGAAUCUGCAAACAUGUUAUUAACCUCUGAAUCUCCAGGAAGUCUGUCAACACCAUCAGUUACAGUGUCACCAGUUACUUCAUCAGAAAUGUCUACACUUUACUUAACAUCUGAACCUCCAGAAAUGUCCACACAUACUAAUACAGCAUCACCAUAUACUUCACUAAAAUUAUCAACAGAUUACUCACUAUUGCCUCACUCUCCAGGAGCUGUAACAUUACCAGUUACAGUGUCACCAUUUACCUCACCAGAAACAUCUACAUAUCCAUCACCCAAAUCAGAAUCUGCAAACAUGUUAUCAACCUCUGAAUCUUCAGAAGGUCUGUCAAUACCAUCUGGUACAGUAUCACCCAUUUUUUUACCAGAAUCAACUACAGAUCACUCAACAUCUACAUCUCAUGAAACUUUAUCACAAAACAAUGCAACAACACAAUAUACUUCAUUAGAAUCAUCUACAGAUCACUCAACAUCUGAAUCUUUAAAAACUUUCUCACAAACAAAUGCAAAAUCAGCAUAUACUUCUACAGAAUCAUCAACAGAUUACUCAUCAAUUACAGAAUCUCCAGAAAGUUUGUCAACACCACUGGGUACGGUAUCACCAGUUACUUCAUCAGAAUUUUCUACAGCAUCACCAUAUACAUCACCAGAAUUAUCAACAGAUUACUCAUCAACAUCUCACUCUUCAGGAGCUGUAACAUUACCAGUUACAGUGUCACCAUUUACCUCACCAGAAACAUCUAAUUAUCCAGCAUUCAGAUCAGAAUCUGCAAACAUGUUAUUAACCUCUGAAUCUCCAGAAGGUCUGUCAAUACCAUCUGGUACAGUAUCACCCAUUUUUUCACCAGAAUCAACUACAGAUCACUCAACAUCUACAUCUCAUGAAACUUUAUCACAAAACAAUGCAACAACACAAUAUACUUCAUUAGAAUCAUCUACAGAUCACUCAACAUCUGAAUCUUUAAAAACUUUCUCACAAACAAAUGCAAAAUCAGCAUAUACUUCUACAGAAUCAUCAACAGAUUACUCAUCAAUUACAGAAUCUCCAGAAAGUUUGUCAACACCACUGGUUACAGUAUCACCAGUUACGUCAUCAGAAUUUUCUACAGCAUCACCAUAUACUUCACUAGAAUUAUCAACAGAUUACUCAUCAACACCUUACUCUUCAGGAGCUGUAACAUUACCAGUUACAAUGUCACCAUUUACCUCACCAGAAACAUCUACUUAUCCAGCAUCCAGAUCAGAAUCUGCAAACAUGUUAUUAACCUCUGAAUCUCCAGAAAGUCUUUCAACACCAUCAGUUACAGUGUCACUAGUUACUUCAUCAGAAAUUUCUACACUUUACUCAACAUCUGAACCUCCAGAAAUGUCCACACAUACUAAUACAGCAUCACCAUAUACUUCACCAAAAUUAUCAACAGAUUACUCAUCAUUGCCUCACUCUCCAGGAGCUGUAACAUUACCAGUUACAGUGUCACCAUUUACCUCACCAGAAACAUCUACAUAUCCAUCAUCCAAAUCAGAAACUGCAAACAUGUUAUCAACCUCUGAAUCUCCAGAAGGUCUGUCAAUACCAUCUGGUACAGUAUCACCCAUUUUUUCACCAGAAUCAACUACAGAUCACUCAACAUCUAAAUCCUAUAAAACUUUAUCACAAAACAAUGCAACAACACAAUAUACUUCAUCAGAAUCAUCUACAGAUCACUCAACAUCUGAAUCUUUAAAAACUUUCUCACAAACAAAUGCAAAAUCAGCAUAUUCUUCUACAGAAUCAUUAACAGAUUACUCAUCAAUUACAGAAUCUCCAGAAAGUUUGUCAACACCACUGGUUACAGUAUCACCAGUUACUUCAUCAGAAUUUUCUACAGCAUCACCAUAUACUUCACUAGAAUUAUCAACAUAUUACUCAUCAACACCUCACUCUCCAGGAGCUGUAACAUUACCAGUUACAAUGUCACCAUUUACCUCACCAGAAACAUCUAUAUAUCCAGCAUCCAGAUCAGAAUCUGCAAACAUGUUAUCAACCUCUGAAUCUCCAAAAAGUCUGUCAACACCAUCAGUCACAGUAUCACCAGUUACUUCAUCAGAAAUUUCUACACUUUACUCAACAUCUGAACCUCCAGAAAUGUCCACACAUACUAAUACACCAUCAUCAUAUACUUCAACAAACUUAUCAACAGAUUACUCAUCAUUGCCUCACUCUCCAGGAGCUGUAACAUUACCAGUUAAAGUGUCACCAUUUACCUCAUCAGAAACAUCUACAUAUCCAUCACCCAAAUCAGAAUCUGCAAACAUGUUAUCAACCUCUGAAUCUUCAGGUCUGUCAACACCAUCUGGUACAGUAUCACCCAUUUUUUCACCAGAAUCAACUACAGAUCACUCAACAUAUCCUAAAACUCCAGAAACAUUGUCAACACCAUUGGUUAUAGUAGAACCAUCUACUUCAACAGAUCAGUCAUUAACAACUGAAUUUCAAGACAUUUUCUCAAAGCCUAUCUCUCCAAGAACUUUAUCAACACCAUUAGUGACAUCAUCCAUUUUUUCUACACAUUUACCCAUCACAUCUUCAGCAAUAAAAGUUACAACCGCUGAGCCCUAUCAAUCAACAUCAAGAUUUUCCUUAACCACCUUUCCAAAAAUACUUGGAACAACUCUUUCAACACCAACCAACACAACUACCAACUUUGCAAAAACACAAACAGUGCUUCCAAAUACAACAAACACAAAAACUGGACCAGCAACAACAAGAAACAUCACAACCAUCUCUCCAACAAAUACAGUUACCAGUCUAACAAACACCAUGGUGUCAAUGUCAAUGAGUACAACUACCUCUCCAAAAAUAUCUACAACUAUUUCAAUAACCAGCACAAUCACCUUCGGAAAAAUAAGUACAGCUUCUUCAACAAGAAGCAUAACAACUUCUUCUGAAAAUACAACUCCUUCAACAAACAACAAACACAGCACUCCAGCCCCUCCAACAACCAUUAAAAAAAUCACUUCUUCCCAAACCAUUCAACCAUCAACAGCUCCACCAUUAACAGUGUUUGCCCAAGCAGUGGUUAGAAUGCUAUCUGUCACUGAACUAAACAAGGAUCAAAUUGUUACCUAUAUAAAUGAGUUUUCCAGACUCAUCCAAGCUAAGGUUAAUGGAAACAUUAAGAUUACAGUGAAGCAAAUACAAAAAGUCACACCUUAAGGAUCACCUGUGGCAAUCAAGUAUUGAUCAACUCAUUUCCGUAAAUGCUUCUUAAGUUCUGACAUAUUUUACAUAUCUUUUAUUUGUCAAGGUCACAUAACCAUUAUUUGUGAAUGUUUUAAAAAGGCUAUCCCCCAUCCACAGUAGAGCGCACACACACACACACACACACACACACACACACACACACAGACAAUAUAUGUAUUUCCAUGUAUAUUCCCUUUUGUAGAGCUGACAAAAUAAGAUGACCUUUGGUGAGCAAAAAGUAUGUGAACUUGACCUAAAUUAGCAGAAAACUGGGUUCAAAUCAUAAACUUACUAAUACCUAAAACACAAAGCCAUUAGAUUUCAGCCCUGCAUGAUUUUAUUUGGACAAUUGAAUAUAUAAUGAUGCAGAAAGCAGGCAUCUUUAGUGAUUUUAUACCAAAAUUAAGUGAUCCACUGUGCGAUUUAAAUUCCACUUGUGUCAUAUAUAGUAGACAACCAUGCAAUGUUACUAACCAUGCAAUCAGUUACGCUGGUUUUCAGUGGCUCUUUUCAUGUAUAACAAAAAUGUAUUGGCAUCAUGAUUUCUGGGACAUUCAUCAAGUUAAUACUAUAUGGUUAUAUUCGUGACUACUAUUUAUGUACUUUUAAACUAUAAAAUAUGUUAUUGUUUUUUGUAUUUUAUUGUCAGUUUAUGUAGUCAAAUUGUGUGCAAAGGGGGUUCCUGUAUGUUGUAGUAUAAAAAAGAAACAAAUUCUUAUUUUGUAAUAUUUAAGCUUAACAUUUUUUAUGUCCAUAUUAUCAAACAUCAAUCCACUCUAGCUAAUAAAUACAAGAUGAAAUAUAUUUAAGUGCCAAAUUAUUAUUAUUAUUAUUAUUAUUAUUAUUAUUAUUAUGUAAUAGUGAUAUUAAAAUGAUAGAAAAAGGCACAACACAUUCUGCAUCACAACCUACAGUACA